AUGUCGUUCAAAGAAAAGGACCUUGAAGCCGAGCGAAAGGAGCAUGUCUCGUUUGAUGAGAAGAGCCAUGGUGUUAAAGAAGGCCGCAUCGACAUCGAGAAUGUUGUAGACCACACGCAUGAUUCCUCAGGACAAGCAUCUUCACCUUUCGAAAGGGACGACAAGGAAACACGUCGCAUCAUUCGAAAGAUAGAUCUCAGACUCCUACCAACACUCGCCGUCAUCUAUGCUUUCGCCCUCAUCGACCGCGUUAACCUUCCAAAUGCGCGUAUAGCAGGCAUGGAUGAGGACCUAGGUCUCUCUAUCGGCUCACGUUACUCGAUCCUCACAAUGAUCUUCUUCAUUCCUUAUAUCAUCUUCCAGUUCCCAGCCAAUAUCAUCAUCCGAAAACUUGGUCCCGCCGUAUGGCUACCUUCUUUGGUCGUCUGCUGGGGCGCUGUGACAAUCGGCAUGGGUUUCACGAACGAUUGGACGCAAGCACUGGGUUGUAGGAUCAUCCUCGGCGUGUUGGAAGCAGGAUAUUACCCCGGAUGCGUCUUCCUACUCAGUUGUUGGUAUGUCAGGUUUGAAGUUCAGAAGAGGUUCAGCGGAUUUUAUCUGCUAGCACUUCUUGCGAGUGGUUUCUCCAACAUCCUUGCUUGGGGACUAAGUGAGAUGAGAGGACUUGGAGGACUAAAUGGAUGGCAAUGGAUCUUUGCAAUCGAAGGCGCCAUCACCGUUUUACUCGGCUUCAUGGGCUACGUAACCAUAAUCGACUUCCCCGACAAAGCCAGCCAACCCAGUCCUAUAACAAAACGCCCUUUCUUGACCCACUCGGAAGCCAACAUAAUCCUGUCCCGCAUCCAACGCGAUCGUGGUGAUGCUGUCGCUGAUAAACUUAACUGGUCAACCAUUGCUACACAUCUCCGCGACUGGAAGAUUUGGGAGUUUGCAUGGCUCUACUUCCUCAACAACGUCGUUGCAUACAGUUGGGGAUAUUUCCUACCCAUCAUCCUACGCAACGAUAUGAAAUACUCCGUCGCCAUGAGUCAGAUCAUGUCGUUCCCGCCAUACGUGUUGGCCGCAGCUUGGAUGUUUGCUACAGCAUGGGUCGCCGAUCGGUACAGGAUGCGUGGUGCGAUCAUUGUGUUCAACUGCGCGUGGGCUGUUUUGGGAGUAUGCAUGAUGGCCUUCCUCAGCAAUGCUCGUGCGCGGUAUGCCGGAGUCUUCCUGGGUGUCAGUGGAGCGAAUGCGAAUGUGCCCAGCAUAUUGAGUUACAUGCAUAACAACAUUGUGGGCCAGAUGAAGCGGAGUGUUGCGAGUGCGUUGUUGAUUGGAGGUGGAGCCUGUGGAGGCAUUGCAGCAUCGAACAUCUUCCGACAACAAGAUGCGCCGAAGUACACGCCUGCCAUGGCGGUCGUCAUCGCGACUCAAGUUCUGAGCAUACUGCAUGUGCUAAAGAACUUUUGGGUGUACUCACGAGCAAAUCGCCAGGCCGAUCGGGGUGAGAGGAUUUUGGAGGGCCAAGAGGGCUUCCGACAAACGUUGUAG